AUGGUUUGCCUCUAGCAGCCUGUUACAACUGCAGCUUAAAGCUUACAACCAUUUGCUCUGAACAUUUUAUAACCAAGAGCUCAUCGACAUCAGUGGUAAGAUCUUUUAAGGGACCUAAAGAAAAAGCUCACCUUUUGGACAAAAAUAAUAAAUGCACAUUUUUUUGCAGGUAAAAAAAUGUGCAUUUAUUAUUUUUGUACAAAGGAGCCUCACACCUUCAAGGUUACCAUUGUUAAGCAGUUUAACAAUUUCCUCCUUUUUUUUUUUUUUUUUUUUUUUU